AAAUGAUCGAUCUAUUUUGAAACAUGCCUUUGCUUCCGUGCUCAGCGUGUUUUCAACAGGUCUUAUUUUUAGGCGAGAAAAGAGGCGUGAAGUGUAUUCAAUGCGUGAUUGUAACAUCGAUAUAAGUGUUUAUCGAUCAGGCUGUGAGCAUUUGAUGACGUCAUUGUUUUCCUUAAAAAGCCCACUCACUUGAGAAAUAGCUCGUCAGUCAUAUUUUGAAGGCACGUCGCGCGAUUGUUCCAGGUUUCAUCGCAUUCGAACUAACAAAACCUGUACGGUUUCUUUUGCAUGAUUAGUUGCUCUUUUCAGUGAUUUUGAGGAUCAGAAGCUUGGCUUAAUUCAGUGUAUACCACACAAUGGGAAAGAUGCGAGAGUGUUUUAAGCUCAGCAUAAUGGGAUGCCUGCCAUCUCGAAGACGGGACGACGAAGUUUCGCCGCAAGAAAGUGCGCCGGCGAAGAAAGCAGCAUCUGGUAGGCGUUCGAAUAACGAGGAGGAAACAAUAAAGCAAGAGAAAUCCUCGCUAGCGCCGACGAUACAAAUGGUUAACGAGGAAACUUUGAAACUUUUACAGGAAAUCGGCGAAUUGAAGGUGUUUCAGACAGCCAGCAACGCGGAUCACAAGAAACAUAUAGACAUCCAUCAUGACAUUAUACUGGCCUUAGAGAACCCAACAAAAGCCAACAACGCCGUCACGUCACUGUCAAGCGGGGCAUCGAGCAAUGUGAUAUAAAACCGGUUUGGAAACCAUUGAAAGUGUACCGGUGUAACAGACCAUAAAAAGAACUCGACAUUUGGAGUUGACGCAUAAAAUUUAUUCCCGUCCGACUGGAUUCGCUUCAACGCAUGCCGAAAAUAAAAUUCUGACAAGGCGAAGCAAUUUCAUCAAAUCCUGCUCCUAGUUAGUGGAUAUUUAUCGUUUCGGAGAGAUGUGUUUUUGUGGCUUUCAUAAUUACUGGCGAUUUUUGACUGGAGGGCUUUUUGGGUGAACCGUCAAACAUGGAAAAAUUCGUGGACUCUUCCUUCGCGAAAAAAAAGCGGAAAACGAUAAAGACAAUACGGCAGCAGCUCGACGCUAGAGCAGAAGAUUUUCACGGACGGAUAUCGCAAAACAAGAGAGCGUCGUUCGACUGGAUUUUCUCCAAGCUGAAAUAUAACAAAAACACAUGGACAGUCCACAGCACAAGUGAAUAUUGAUCCGAUAGCGGAGCAAUUGCCGUCAAGGGGAACUAUUUAGCAAUGUUCAUUUUAAGAAUGGAUUUAUGUAAUAGCGUCUUCAUCGGAGAAAACCAUUGAAUUUUCAACAAAUGCACCUUGGCAGUGAACUUAGGCGAUGUAAAUAUACCUUUGUUUCAUUAAUAUUCAUAUAGUGUAAUGUAGAAUUCUAUUUUCCUUUAAACAAACAGACAGCAUAUGUUCAUUCAUUCGUUUUAGAAUUCGAAACGUUCGCCAAAUUUCGUUCGCGAGCCACCUUUUUCGUGAGGAAUCACUCUUUUUAUCAAAGUUUUUUUCUUGGCUCUUUUAAUUUAGCAUGGCUGAAAUGCACACGGUUUUUUGUUGUGUUUUUCAUUGGGAGAAACAGAAUUUUCCAAUCAACCAGUCUUUAAAAUGUGCAUUGUCAUAACCGAGGAUAUUAUUUUCGAGUUUAUACAAUUGCAGCAAUGAAAGAAUCUCUCGGUAUAUAGAAUCACAGCGGCCAUUUGCGCGAAAAAAAUAAGAUAAAUAAACAAAAGUAAUAAAAGAAGACGAGAAGUAAAAAUUGUUGGAAACCAAUUGACCGCACGCGGGGAAAAUCACCCCUACACGACUUACAAUAUUUGUCACACAGCGAAAUAAACAGAACGGUGAAAAUUAAAGGGAAAAAAAAUUCCUUGAAUUUGCAUACAAGUCACAUCGUUGAUUAAAAAAUUGUCAAAAAAUACGAAAAUGUAUUUGAUGGUCUGGCUGCAGUAUUUCUUUGUAACUAUUUAUUCGUAGCAAUGACAAGUCAGUCCCCUCUGUACAGAUAUAUUGUGGAUAAUAAAACUCCGUUUGCAAGAUCA